AUGGCGGGGACAGCGCGCCAUGAUCGAGAGAUGGCCAUCCAGGCCAAGAAAAAGCUCACCACGGCCACCGACCCCAUUGAAAGACUCCGACUGCAGUGCCUGGCCAGGGGGUCCGCAGGCAUCAAAGGGCUUGGCAGAAUGUUUCGAAUUAUGGAUGACAAUAACAACCGAACCCUUGAUUUCAAAGAAUUUGUGAAAGGGCUAAAUGAUUAUGCUGUGGUCAUGGAAAAGCAAGAGGCAGAAGAACUCUUCCGGAGGUUUGAUAAAGAUGGAAACGGAACAAUAGACUUCAACGAAUUCCUUCUCACGUUAAGACCUCCAAUGUCUAGAGCCAGAAAAGAGGUGAUUAUGCAAGCUUUUAGGAAGUUAGACAAGACUGGAGAUGGCGUUAUAACAAUUGAAGAUCUUCGUGAGGUGUAUAAUGUGAAACACCACCCUAAGUACCAAAAUGGAGAAUGGACAGAGGAACAAGUAUUCAGGAAAUUUCUGGAUAACUUUGAUUCACCCUACGAUAAAGAUGGAUUGGUGACCCCCGAGGAGUUUAUGAACUACUAUGCAGGAGUGAGCGCGUCCAUUGACACGGAUGUGUAUUUCAUUGUCAUGAUGAGAACUGCCUGGAAGCUCUAAAUGUUUCAAAAGAAGAAUUUUUGAACUAUUAUGCUGGUGUUAGUGCUUCUAUUGACACCGAUGCCUAUUUCAUUUUAAUGAUGACAAAAUCCUGGAGAUUAUGAAUUUCUGUCUAUUAAUUCUUUUGGAAAUCGGAGACUCUCAGAGAGUGGAAUGACUUUGAAAGAAGUCCGGUGCUAUAGAUUUUUGAUAAGGUGUAAACUAAAGUUUCUGAAAGAUCUAGGGUUUUAAAAGCAAUAGAUCUUCAGUCACCUUACUUAAUGGCCUGGGACAUAUUAAUUUGCUUAAAUGCCUGAGGAUAUAUUUUUAAAUCAGAAAGAAAGGAAGAACUGAA